AAUGGUGAGCCACCACUUGAGAUUGAAAAAGUUGAUAGGGCCAUAGAUAAUAUGGCAGGUGUUAGAUGUGGUGUCAGACUAAAUUCCAAUCAGUGUUUAGCAUCAUUGUUUCCAGGUUCUGUAGUAACCUCUAGCAAAGAUGGAAACUUUCACAUUGUUUGGUCAAAUUCUAUUAGAAACAUUUCUACUUCUAUACAAUUGUUUAAUUUUAUUAUUAUUGGAAGAACAAAUCGCUUUUUUGAAAAGCAACUCAAAGACCUUUUUAAAAAUAUUAAUGAUUUAUUGAUCGAAUUGGAACAAACGAUUGGAAAAAUUAUUAAUGCCCUCGAUGAGAACCGAUAUGAACAAUUAAAUG